CGAAGCGAAGUCUCGCUCCCUCGCGCAUUGGCAGAGAACGCGUUAGACUUUCGAACGCAGUACGUACGCGAGCGUGUAUGUCUCAAUUAUUGAUGCAAAAGUUCCACGAUGGUUGACCAUAACGAGAGAUUGUUACAGGAGUUGCAAACGAAAAGUGGGAACAAUGUUUGUGCCGAUUGUGGAGCCGACGACCCGGACUGGGCUUCAUACAACCUGGGCAUAUUCAUCUGCAUGCGCUGUGCCUCAAUCCACCGAGGCAUGGGCGCUCACAUCAGCAAAGUCAAACACCUCAAACUGGAUCGUUGGGAGGACUCGCAAGUUCAGAGGAUGAGGGACAUUGGGAACAUCGUCGCAAGAAACAAGUAUGAGGAACGCGUCCCGCCCUGCUACAGGAGGCCCACGAAGAACGACCCACAAGUUUUAAUUGAACAAUGGAUCCGCGCCAAGUACGAACGCGAGGAGUUCUGCCACCCCGAACGCCAGAGCUACCUCUCCGGCACCAUGGAGGGGUUCCUCAUGAAGAGGGGAAAAGAGGACAACCGCUACCAGCUUAGGAAGUUUGUGCUCAAUGAGAGCGAAGACACACUCAAGUACCACGUAAAAGAAAACAAAGAGCCAAAGGGAAUCUUAAAGUUGUCAGAGUUGAACGUCGCAUUUGCCCCCUCGAAAAUCGGCCAGAUGAACUCCAUGCAACUCACAUUCAUGAAGGACGGCACCACCAGACACAUAUACGUCUACCACGAGGACCCAGAAGUCAUCAACUGUUGGUACAUGGCAAUACGCUGCGCGAAGCUCCACCUCUUACAAGUCGCGUUUCCCUCAACACCACAGUCUGACCUAAUCCUCCGCCUGCCCAAGGACUUCGCCAGAGAGGGUUGGCUCUGGAAGACCGGGCCUAGGUCUUCAGAUGCGCAUAGGAGACGCUGGUUCACUCUAGAUCAGAGAAAGCUUAUGUAUCAUGAUGAACCUUUAGACGCUUAUCCGAAAGGAGAAAUAUUUAUAGGCCACGAAUCCAACGGCUACUGCAUCAAAGUGUCGAACACCGGCAACGGCUGCAAAGAAGCGCGCUUCUCGUUCCAGCUCGUGACGCCGGAGCGCACGUUCUGCCUGGCGGCCAGCUCGCACGAGGAGCGCGCCGGCUGGCUCGUGGUGCUGCAGCAGGCCAUCAAGCGGCCGCUGUCGCCGCAGGACUCCACCAUUGAGGCGACCCUCGUCCGCAAGCGCACCACGUCGAAUUCCACAAUGAGCAUAUUCUCAGGAAGGUAGUCGCACUGUCCACUCUUAUGCCAUAGUCGUAAGAGGGACCGAUGCCGCACAUUUCCAAUCAAUAGGAUUAUUUCGUGUUCCGUUCGAACCUGGAAUGUUUUUCAAUCUUUUCUAAAUACUUAAAUGAAUAUUUUAGUGUAAGUUUGAUAACAAAAAUAUUUAUUUGAUUUUAUAGAAUUAACAAUACAUUUUAUGAUCGUUAUUGUUUUGUAUUAGAUUGAAAUUGCCAAAUUAUACUUUUGACGUGUACUUUUAUUUGAGACAUUUGUAUAAUAAUAGACAAAUUAAUUAUAACAGACUACGAAGUUGAAUAACAUAUAAAAGUGUCGAUUGAAAAACAAGAUGGCGCUGUACGGUGUUGUGUAUAUUUUGCGGCGACUAGGUCUGGGUUGUCAAUUCGUUGUUUUGACAAUUCAUUUUUAGUACCACAACAAUAUGGCAUCUUGCAAUGCUAUCUAGUAUUUCUGUUAAUAUUUUCCGUAUAGGUACUUCUCUACUUCUUUAGUCUAUUAUAAUUUAUCUGUACCUAUAUGAUAUAAUUUAAUCAUUAAUUGAGAUAAAUAUCGAUAUUUUGUCUUCGUUAUUUUGUUUUAAAGUCAUGUGUUUAGAUAAGUUAAGAAUGUUUGCUCUUCGUAUUUAAUGCAAUGAUGACUGAAUGUUAAAUUAUUAUCAUUUAUUGUUUAACUCUCAUAUUAGUAGGUAUAUCAACGUGUUUGCGUACACUUAGAGAAUACUGGCUACGCGCACAAUCUAUAUGUUAUACUUAAGCUUUUUCAACAUAACAAUACUUAAUCAAUAAUCAUGCAAUAGCUGUAAAUUAUAAUAUUCGUUCGGGUUUAUAUUAAAUCAUAUAAAACUGUAAACUAAACAUAAUAUUUAUAUUAAUAACUGUGCUCUCUUCUUCAUGGUUAAAAGACAUUCUACAGGGAAUUCGUAUAAUGAAUAACUUUAAAUAUACGUUGUUAUGUAAUAAUGGGAGUAACACAAGUAAUUAUGAACUCAAGUGAUAUUCACUUGCAUUUGAGUAACAACAUAUACUUAGCCUUUAUAAAUAUGGACGUAACACGUAACUAUAUUGGCGGUAAUCAUUUUAGUUGUGUUUGAUAUUGGCUAAGAUUUAUUAGUGGUAUUCCUCAUCAUAACUAAGAUUAAGAAACAAUAAUCAUCGUAUUUAUAAGGAUUAGGCAAGUUUAACGACGUGACCAUAUAUUUAUAUCAAAACUUUUUAACAAAAAAUAAAACCGACUUCAAAUAUUACCAAAAGCGCCAUACAUGUACCUAUAACAUUUGAAGAGUUCCCUCGAUUUCUCCAAGAUCCCAUCAUCAGACCCCGACUUGGUGCCAACGGGACAAUCUCGGGGUUAUACCCGUUCGAUUAAAAAUAAAUUUUGAAAAUCGGUUCACAAUUCUCGGAGAUAUUGAGUAACAUACAUACAAAAAAAACAGUCAAAUUGAGAACCUCCUCCUUUUUUGAAGUCGGUUAAAAAUCAGCGAUUAAUUUUUAAACACUGAACUUUAAUUUCAACAUUAUAAGAGUAAUUUAUUUACUGACAAACUUAAACGAUUUUCACAGUUUAAAAAAAAAAGUAGUAAAAUUAUAAUUGUUAGAAAAACGGAGGGACACAUUAUCGAUUCUACUAUUUAAAAAAAAUAUUGGCGCUCAUCCGUAAAUAUUUAGUUUUUGAAACAAUGGAAAAUUUCAAUACAGAUUCAUCUGUAGAUGAAUUCCAAAACCGUUAUAAUCAAAUAUAAACAGGUACUAUAGGUGCAGUUCAUCGUAACUCUCCAGUGGCCUAAAUAAUACAAAUUAUAAUUAAUCUCUCAA